CCCCCCCACAGCAUUGCCCGUUGUUCUCCCCAAGGCCCCAGCUCGCCUGUCGAUGAAUGCCCUUGACUCUCUCCCUGGCAGCCCCAGGUAGCCAUUGCCGCUUCCUCCGAUGCACAACGCGCCUCCCCCAUGUUUCGCAGCUACAACUCUACGUCCCCAACUCCCGUGCGAGCACGCAGGCUCGUCUGCAAUGCCUUGACACAUUACGGCAUUAUCCACACGCGUCCUUUACGACUCAUCAACGCCCACAGUCGGGACUGACCGGUAGCCAGUUGUAUACGCCCCCUCAGGAUACUGAAGGACGUUCAAGAAGCCAUGCACCCGCCAAUGGAUCGCCUGAGUUUAAUAUAGGCGACUGGGCCUCCAUCUUAAGUACACAAAUGUCCGAGGGUUUUGCGCAAGCGGCUGAAAAGGAAGGAGAGAACGUCACUGGGGAUUCGGCUGGCUCCACACAUGGUCCGUCAAGGCGGACCAGAAAGCGCCAAAGGUCCAGUCAGCCAGCCAUGGUUCUGGAUCACAUAUAUGAUGGAUCCCGAAACUUGUAUUGCUCGUCCCUCGAAUCGGUCGACUCCCUCAAACAUGACCAUUCUUAUGUCAAUCCGGCAAUACGACAGCAUGGCGGGAUACUCCGUGUUGUUCAUCCUCCGGAAAACAUUCGAAGUCCUAUGGACGGACCUGUAUCGUUGUAUACUAUAUUGGCCCGUCAACUCUCCGGCUUGACAAUGCCACCUAGGACCAAAACACCUUUCACGCGUCAAGAGAUCAUGCUCCUACAGAGUAAAGGCUACUCUGAGGCAGAUGUGCAUUCUUGGUGCCAAUGCCUUAUUGAUCCUAGCUCUGAUCAUGCAUCUGCAGUAUUCAGUCACCAUCAUUGCAGAACGCCUCUGUUCUUGUUAUUAUUGUUUCUUCGACGGAAACGCAUACGGACAUCCGCGUUGGGAAGGGUGAUGAGACAUUUGGGCGUAAGACUACGCGCAGAGCCCAUAGUUUGGUCUUCACUUACCGUGCUUAUAAUACGAUUACUACGCCACGCGCGUUUGGUCUGGCCUGAAGCAAUGCCCUGGAUUACCUCUUUGUUUUGCACCGAGGCCACUCGGCUUUAUCGAGAGGGCAAGGAGGCCGAUUCUUCUUCAUCUACUUUUCAGGCAGUUCUGACUCGAUUUUGUAACUCGUUGUUGGUGCUCAUCUCGCUGCCGACGUCAGAGCACCCUAUGAUUGCUGGUUCCUACCAGGAAAAGGCACAAUUUGUUGUGUUACAGUUCAUGGCGAGCUGCGAACCAGCUCUCAUCGUCACGAGACAUGGCUUUCGAGGAGCUAUCCGCACCCAGCUUACCCAUCCCAAGACGACAAAAGAGAAGGAAUGGGGCAUGCUGAAAGGGCCAUCAUGGCCACCUUGGAAAGAGAAUAGGAAUGCCAUGGAUGAGGACAAGGGGUAUAUGUUUGGUGCCUCGAGGGCAUCACGCCUGCUUCAUCGACUCUUUGAAGCAGGAUAUGCUGGGCGUGAAUGGGAAAAAAUUGCCGAAGUCUACGCUGGAUGGGAUACAGACUUGUCUCCAACUGUGCAAACCAGAACUCACAUGCCUCCCGACAACAACGCCCAUGGAAGUGAGAACAAAGCGCGACUUUGGGGCGCGCGAAUUCGCACGACGAGAACGAGACGGGAAGCAUGGGCCUGCUUUCUGGCAUACGAAGAGUCGGGCACUGGUGCCUCAUCGCUAGUCUACCAGGCUAUGUUCGAAAAGCUGCAUUACCCAGAAAUCACGGCCCAGCAGUCGGGACAUGGAGAUCCAUCGUCGUCAGAAUUUAUUGCAUCGAACGCGAAGAACCCUUUGCCAGGGGAUAUGAAAGAGGUCUUGUCAGAUCCCACGUCGCCUCUGCAUCUCGUUUACUUAAGUGAGCCGGUACCUUCAUACAUCCAGCUGUAUGAAAGAAUGUGGCGCAACCGAUUGCGGCCAAAGAAGAGAUUGCUCGCUUUCCUGCUUGAGACACUUCCCGAUUUUGAGACCUGCUUACACCUGCUCGAAGCAACACAGGGCAGGUUCGGUGGAGGAGUGAGUCGGCUCCUCCAUGGAAUACCGUUGGAUAAGCGAGACCGUGCACUUAUUCCGAAUUUUUUCAUGACAUCCUUCAUCCGUUGCCUCUGUCGGUUUGGUCGAUUCGGUGAUUCACCUCCAGAUGAGCCAUUACGGAUUGCGCGAGCUUAUCACGAGGAACGGCUCAAGCACGAUCGAACCUAUCUCAUUGAAUAUGCUUAUCAUCUCCUCAUGACUUUGCAAUUGACUUACCGCCCUCCUUGGACCGCAUAUAUGCAGAAGUUACUGUACGGAUAUGGCAAGCAGAAGUCUGCGGCAAGCCAAUAUACUGCGAUGUGCAAAAUAUUCGACCGAAUGACACAGAAAGACGUCGGUCCGGAUGACGAUCAAUUCAAACUAUUAUGCACUGUUGUACGCUACACAGCACGAACAAUCUACAAUGGACGCCUCCCAGCUGAGCUCGCAAAUCGCAUACUCCCUUCAGCUCGGUCACUUCUGCGUACCACGUUUCACAACUUGGUCGGCGCCAACGUCGAUUCAAGUGUUGUGCGCCCAUCGGGCUUCGAGAUGGAAACACUCCCACCUCACGCACCAGGCCCAGACGUUCUUCAGGCGUAUGUUCGCGCUUUGGGUUUUCUGAGAGACUACGAAGGCUUGUACUCCUUCUCUAUCUGGCUCACAACAUAUCACAAGGAGAUCAUGGUUCGAGCAAAUGCUCAGCAUGGAGGGCCACAGCUUUUGUACAACACCCUAGUGGCAUUACGAGCUGCGCUGGAGGGCGAACUUGAUAGUAGCCAAAUUCAUGAUGGUGCGCCAGAGGAGAUCGCGGAGCUGGUCAAGGCGCAAGUCAACGGCGUCAAGGAGUGGAAAUGGCCAUCUGAGAAACACGUGAAGUCAUAUGUAGUGGGACGACUGACUGAAGAGGACCGGAAAUCCGUUCUGUCAUGAGGUGUAGUGUGUACUUGUACGAUAUGCAGGACGGAUCUGAUACCCAGUGAAGAUUUCAAUGUACACAGAGGCGCAGGUGGUAUACAUAUUGGCACAGUAACGUUCCGUCGGGCUGGUACGGAAAUUGAAGACCAUGUGCGUCAGUUGAGUACUUAACAACUGAGCUUAGGAUAACUUAGACAAUUACGACUGUUUCC